AUGGAGAAGGAUUCAGAAGUCCAAAUCGAAGCAACCGGCCCUGGCGGCAAAGCUAGCAACUCUCUUACCGUCGACGAUCCCGACGCCGGUCUCAGCCUUGAGGAGAAGAAGCUGAAGGUGAAGCUGAAGGGUGCCAAAGGAACGUCAACUAUUAUGGAAGGUCGACCUCAGGCUCAUCCCAUGGCUGUGUCUCUUGUACUUGGUUUCGUUCUUGGAUCGAACGAAUAUUGGGAACGCUAA